AUGUCUUACGAGAUCGCGUAUUCUCUCGCGGACGAUGGCCCGCAGCCCGUCUCGCGCACUUAUCAAUAUCGAAAAGUGAUGAAGCCGAUGCUUGAGCGCAAGAGGCGCGCUCGCAUCAACCGUUGUCUCGACGAGCUCAAGGAGUUGAUGGUCAGCGCUCUUCAGUCGGAGGGUGAAAACGUCGCCAAAUUGGAGAAAGCUGACAUUUUGGAGUUGACCGUUCGUCAUCUGCACAAGCUUCGCCGCCAGCGCCGACUUUCUGUGAACCCAACAGUUGACGCCGACCGCUUUCGGGCUGGAUUUACGCAUGCCGCAAAUGAAGUGUCCCGGUGCUUGGCUUCAAUUCCCGGUGUGGACGUGAGGCUAGGAACGCAGCUGAUGACUCACCUCGGACAUAGAUUGAAUGACAUGCAACGCGCUGCCGCCGGUGCUGAUACACCUCCAGCGAGUCCUCCGAGCCCAGCAUUAUCAACUGUGUCGUCCUCUUCUGGUUACGUGACUCCAUCGCCGCCAGCGUCUCCGGUUCCUGUACACACUGCCGUUCCCCUGGACUGCACAACAAAUGCAAAUUUCAAAACUCCGGCCGUAUGGAGACCCUGGUAA